GAGCCGUCUCCUUUGACAUCUCUGAAAACACUUGGAAAGUUUGUAACAGAACGUAAAAAACACAAUCCUUUGCCUGGUUCAGUUGCUGUCAAUCGAAUAAGGGCUACGAGGAAGAAUAAGAAGACAUUGCUUGCUACAGAUACCUUAGGAUCGUCCUCUGAUUUUUUGACCUCGCCUGCUCAUGUGGGGAAUUUAAGAAAGAAAAACACAAAACGUAGGCAUACUGGUUUUUCAGCUAACCUUUCUUCUCAACUAGCCUACACCCAUCUGAAGACAAGGAGGCAGAAUUAUAAGCGUCCUCUUUUGUGCAGCACUCCCUCGAUGGCACAGAAAUAUAGUUGCAUUACCAAAGACCCUUCAAUUAGUGAGAUCUCUUGCACUGAUCUGGAAGAUUCUUUGUGUAGAAAAGUUGAAAGCAGUGACAUUAAUGAGAUACUGCAUCAGAAUCAGAUGCACCUUAUUCAUGAGAAAACACCAGCUACCCAGCCAUGCCAAGUAGAAGGAUGUAAAGAUCUGCCCUUACAUGCAGAGUGCAAAAGUAUUUCCUUGCCUUCUAAGAGGACUUCACAUUUAAAACGCAGCAUUUCAGCACCAUUAAAUGCAGAGACUAAAAACGAGUGUGUUCUUGGGUCAAUAGCUUCAAGUACUAGGGAUGAUGAAGCCAAGCAGACAAGUCUGAGGUCUGUUAAAUGCAUAUCAAGUAGCUGUUCAAGAAAUGAAAUUGUGGUUGGCACAGAGAUGUCAGGAAGCAGAGAGCUGUUUUCUGAGUCUGUGAUGUGUUUGGGUUCUCCAGCAAGCCCUCCAGGCACUAAAUGCAUAGCAGCGCCAACUACUCCAUUGACUGCAGACAUUGAAAGUAGUUUUCAUGAGUUGGAAAGGAAGCGAGCAGAGUUGGUACAUCUUUGUACUUCAGUGAAGGCGGUCAUCAAUCUGAGUCCCCUUAAUGUCCACAAAGCUUUGUAUAAUGGACCAGUGAUGCAAAACAGCUCUUGCAAAGGAAAAUCGGGAACGUUGCUUGAGCCAGUAUCAGCUAAGGAAUGCUUGGAUGUUGACCGCAGUCUGCAUGUUCUUAAUUAUGUUACUUCAGAAACUGAAAGGAAGAUUGCAGAAUUAAAACAGUUGUGCUCAAUUGUGCAGCCUUUUGUUUUGCUUGAAGCUAUGGCUCUGGAUGCUAGUACUGCAGAUAACAAUAGAACUGAGAGUACUCCAUUUGUUUCUGAUAUGCAGCAUGAAAGAAGUAGAAUUAGAACAAGGAAAAUAAGGAGGGACUCCAAGAAACUUUGUACCAAACUUUUUCCUAAUUAUGAUGAAAGUUCAGGUGAGAUAAAAGACUGUAAAGCUGACAUAUGUAUUAAACCACAGGAUGAAGAAAUACAUGUUUCUAACAAUUUUGUGGAACUGUAUUGUCCUCAGCCCCCUGAGCCUCUGUGUCCCACAGAUGUACAGUGUGGCAUUCCUGAAAAGAAGACCGAGUUUAAGGAAGACAACAGGAAGUCAGAUGAGCAUUUAAAUCAUUAUUUUGGAGAUAAACUUGCUCCUCAUUCCAUUCAGAGUAAGGUAUUGAAACCAAAGGUAACCAGUGCACUGAAGGAAGGAGCUGCCACUGCUCGAAAGGCAUGUAUUACUGGUUUUAGCUCAAGUAGAUGGGGCAAAAGGGCGAAAACUAAGGAUUUUUCAAAAAAGAAUCCUCUAGCGAGAUCCAAGAAAGAUCCUGAUUUUUCUUUCUCAGACUUUCGUCAUCAUAAGGAAAAUAAAAGACAGGUAUUUGAAGGUAUCUCGAGAGGUGGUGUUUUGGGAAUUUUCACGCCUGGAACAAUGCAGAAAGCAGGCCUCCAUGAUUCAUUUUUUUGCUCUCCUUCUCCCAGUAAUUGCCCUCUAGAAUUUUCACAGCUUCUUUCCUCCCGUGGAUGGUCCAGGUUGAAAGCCUCCCUCUCAGUCCACAAUAAGAAGAAAGUGGUUCCUACACCAAGCCGUUUAAAGAGGUUGGAACUUCGAGAUGUGCAUAAAAGUGGACUUAUUACCCCUCAGCGUGGAACUCCUGGAUUUCUUCAUAGGCAGGACAUGUAUGCAGGAACUCCAUGUGAUGACCUGAUUGGACCUUCUCCGUCUCAUGAACUGUCUUUCAUGGGAGCAUUGACACCACUGGGGUCCCCUUCAUAUAUAGAAGACAUCUCUGAUGCUGAGAAGGUGUUUCAAGAGUGUCAGCAAGAUGGCCCUAUCAGUUUUGAAGAAUGUAUCCCACCCAAGAAACUGAAGCAGUGUGUAAAGAUUGGUGAAGGUGUCUUUGGCGAAGUCUUUCGUAGUGUAAAUGACAAAAAUGAAUCUGUUGCCUUGAAGAUCAUCCCCAUUGAAGGGCAGGAUAUUGUAAAUGGCGAGUCCCAGAAGACAUUUGAUUCCAUCCUACCUGAAAUAAUAAUUUCAAAGGAGCUCAGCUGCCUGACUGAUGAAAAGAUCAAUAGAACUGAUGGAUUUGUAACUUUACAUUCGGUUCAUUGUGUCAAAGGUUCUUAUCCAUCACACCUGCUUAAAGCAUGGGACAAAUUUGAUAAAGAACGGGGUUCUGAAAAUGAUCGCCCAGAUUUUUUUGGUGAAGAACAGCUCUUUAUAGUCCUAGAGUUUGAAUUUGGAGGCUCAGAUCUUGAACACAUGAAGAACAAGCUUUCCUCAGCUGCAACACUGCUGAGUAUAUUACAUCAAGUGACAGCAUCCCUGGCUGUGGCAGAGGAAGCCUUAAAGUUUGAACACAGGGAUUUGCACUGGGGUAAUGUGCUUGUAAAAACUACUGACCUAAAGGAAGUAAAAUAUACCUUAAAUGGAACAGAGUAUACAAUUAUGACCCGUGGAGUCCAGACCAAUAUUAUUGAUUAUACACUUUCAAGGCUUGAAAAAGAUGGCUUAACUGUGUUCUGCGAUAUGUCUGCUGACGAAGACCUUUUCAAAGGGGAAGGUGAUUACCAGUUUGACAUUUACAGAAAAAUGAGAGAAGAAAACUUGAACAGUUGGAUUGAGUACAACCCUCACAGUAAUGUUCUUUGGCUGCACUACCUCGCAGACAAGAUGCUGAAUGAAAUGGUUUUAAAGAGAAAACUUCGGACUGCACCCAUGAAGGCUAUCUGGAAAAAAAUAAAAGAAUUUCAUAGUGAAGUCAGAACAUUUAGCUCUGCCGUAGAUGUUUUGCAGUGCAGUAAAUUAUUUCAAUGACACUUGCUUUUUUGUAAAGUGGGUAUCUGUUUUGAAAAUUGUGUAUAUAUUUAUAUUUUAUAGAGUUUAUAUAUGUCAAUUAUUAUGCAUAAAAAGGAAAGGUCGUGUCCAUCUCGUGUUCGUUUGCAUUUGAUGAACUUGUCUGUACACCUCUUACUGUUUUUCUUUUUCCAUUGCUAUUUAAAGCUUUUUGCUGUAACCUGAUGGCAGUUCCGGUACAAUCACCUAACCAUUGCUGGUUAGAUUGUAGCUCUUGUCCACCUUGUUCUUUGGGAGGAACAUUUUUAGUCUAGACUUUGAAUACUUGUAAUUAUUGUCUUAAUAUUUGCUAAGCACCUAAGGAAAAUUAUUAGCAAAAGAAAGAAAAAAAUAUAGAAGCUGGCAUUCACAAACUUGAAA